CGACCCUUCGACUCUUUGCAAUCUCCAUGGCGGUGGCGCUAUUCGUCCUGGCUUCGACUUGGAUCGGCUGCACCGCCGAAGAUGAGCUGACUCUGCAGGCAGCGUUAACUCCCUGCGAGCUAAUCAGAUACUUCGACUAUCCUUGCGAAAUCAGCCACGUGACCACGGAAGACGGUUACGUCAUUGAAGUGGACCGAGUGCCCCAUGGACGCCGUGACAACGCGACCGCUCCGAAUGAACAAAACAGCACAACACGCCACCCCGUGCUGUUCGUUCCAGCGGUUGCAGGCGCCUCGGACCUCUGGUUCCUGAACUACCCUUCGCAGUGCCCAGGCUUUCUGUUUGCCGACGCUGGCUUCGACGUAUGGGCGAUGAAUUCGAGAGAAAUUACGCGGUACUCGAACCACACGACCUUGUCCAAGAACGACCCUCAAUACUGGAAGUUCAGGUAA